ACACACCUUCUCUCUUCUUCUUCCUCGUUCUUCUUGUAUACGCACACACACACACUCACUCUCUCUCUUCCUGCCUUCUUUCGUCUUUUCAUCUGUUGUCGCUCUCUCUCCUGAUCGAACGACAGAUAAUACUCCACGUCCUCGUCGUCUUCUUCGUCUCAUUCUCCCCAACUUAUAACUGCCUCGUUCCCCUCUCCACCUUUCUCUGCUUCUUCUGGUUCUAGGGUUUUCAGAGAUGCGACAUAAGGAUGAAGGCAUCGAUGUCUCCAUGACUACCGCGUUUUUUUAUGGAUCGACGUUCGUAUUCCGGUUGAAGAUCUGAACUUUCUGUUUUGGUUAUCGACCGUUAAGCUGUUGGAGUGACGAAUUAGGUUUUUGAUUGGAUGUUGGUAAUUCCUGGUUUGGUUAGGAGGGCAACGACUGAGAUACUGUUGCAGAGACUGUUUUCUUUUGUUCUUCAUUUAUGGCGAUUGUAAGGAAUAACUUUAGGGUUUCGAAGUUGGUUGGGGAGUUUUCUCCGGGGAGUAGAGACAGUGUAUCGACUGAUGAGGAUGAGCUUCACAAGCGAAGCUCUACGUCAGAGUCUGAUAAUGAUGAAGAUGACGACGAUGACGAUGUGGACUCUGGGGCGGGUUCUGAUGACUUCGACAUGUCGGAAUUGGGGGAAGCUGGGGCGGAAUCUUGUCAAGUUGGUAGUAGUAACUGUAGUAUUCCAUACGAGCUCUAUGAUCUUCCGGAAUUGGGGGAAGUUUUGACAUUGGACGCAUGGAACAAUUGCUUGAGUGAGGAGGAGCGUUUUGCCCUUGCGGAGUACCUUCCUGAUAUGGACCAGGAGACCUUUAUGCUUACCUUGAAAGAGCUGUUCUCUGGCAACAACUUCCAUUUUGGAAGCCCAGUGGCCAAGCUCUUUGAUAUGUUGAAGGAGGGAUUAUGUGAACCAAGAGUAACACUUUAUAGACAGGGUUUGAAUUUCUUCCAGAAGCGGGAACACUACCACGUUCUGCGCAAGUAUCAGAACUCUAUGGUCAGUAGCCUUACUCAGAUAAGGGAUGCCUGGGAGAACUAUGCAGGAUACAGCAUUGAAGAGAGGCUUCGGAUUCUGAACAUAAUGAGAAGUCAGAGAAGUCUGAUGUAUGAAAAGAUGGAAGAUAUGGGGUUGGAGACUGACACUUCAGACAGGGAUGAAUCUGGUGAGGGUUUCUGGGGCAAGAGACUGAAGGAUUUCAAACUCAGGCCUAAGAUGGGCCGCCAUGAUAUAUAUUCAGCGAGUCCGACCUUGAAUAAUUGUUCUCGAGGAAGGUCUAUAACCCUGGAAACUGCAAAACAUGGCAAGUCUAAUCCAAAAGGAAUUUUGAAGUUUGCUGGGGUGAAGGCCCUUUCUGUGAAGGAGUUGGCGGGGCACUUACCUUCACCUAUUCAGCAUGGCCUGGAUAGUAAAUCUAGGGCUUAUCUUCCGACGUUAGCUCUUCCACGGCAAGAUCGGGUGGCAGGGUAUGAUUCAGAAUAUGCUCCACGGUCAAGGGGACAGAUAAGAGGUGAGGAAGAUGCAGAACGACCUCCAUAUGAAGUGGAUCUCCUGAGAGACCGAACCCUUGGAGGAGCAAUGUCUAAAGCUGGCUCGUUUAAACCAGGAAAGAAAUCUAAAUUCUUCAAAAGUGAAGAUGAGUUUGCUGCUGAAAGUUUGAUGGGGCUACCGCUGGCAAUACAGAAUGAUUUACAUUCUCAGGGUAGGAGCAGGAAUGUGAUUCAGAUGGCAGAACUGGAACCAUUGAAAGUUAAACCAAAUAGUGAAAGAUCUUCAUAUGAUUAUUAUUCUCAAGCUGCAGGGAAAAAGGCUAAGUAUUCUGAGAAGCUUCAGCAAUCUGCCACCCAAGAUCAGAUGAAGGCCACAAAGGACCAAGCACAGCAUCUGUUACUAAAAGGAAAUCGAUCUGACUGGUCUACUGGAAGGCAACCCUUUCAGCGCAAUAAAGUGCAGGAAGAAGCCUUUGAUGUGGACUAUCCGGUUAAGCAUGAUGAACGGAGUGUUAAAAGCAAAAAGUGGAAGAUGGGGAAGGAGUUUCAAAGUGGUAAAACUAAUGUGGAUCUUGAUACUAAAGUCAAAUCUCAUAGAACCUUUCCAACCCAGAUGAAUGAUACAUUGUUCUCUUCUGAUUAUAGAGCAAAGGCAUCAGUAGACAAGGUGAAAAAAAAAUCUGCACUAAAUGGAGGACGUAACAUGGAAGAGCGUAGAGGCACCAGUAUGUUUGCCCGAAGUGAGGAAACAGAGUCAGACUCAUCGGAGCAGGUCAGUGAAGAAGAAAUCAACCCUUUUAGAAAUAAGCUAGGGCAUGCCAGGGGUGUGACGGGUCAUCAGUCUACAAAGAAACAGGUGGCAGAUCCUAAAAGGGGCAGUAAACUUGGGAGGAAAGAUAGGGAGUAUGCUGAGGCACUUGAACAGUUACGUAUGGCGGAUGUAAACGUUUACUCAUCAAAAGGUAAACAGAAGGGAAAGAUUCGAGAUCCAAGUUCCCUGCGCACCUACGCUACUGGAAUUUCUGAGGAGAGUGGGUUCAUUGGUUUUGCUAAGACUGAUGAUGACAGGAAAAAAACUUCCAAACUGGGGAAGAAUGGCCAUGUGAAGGGUGAACCUGGUGAAAGGUUACACCUGCCAUCGUUAAAGGCCUAUCCUGCUGAGAGAAAGCAAAAAGGAAAAGUUGACCAUGAUUAUUUUUCGCCGCGUUCAAAUUACAUGCAUGAUUACGUUGAUGAGGAGGACAAUGACUUGCAUCUAAAACACAGGUUGGUUGAUGACCAUGGACUGACCAAUAGGUUAGGGAGGAAAGGUCAAAAUUCUGAUGCUCACUUAACUAAUCAUCAUGAAAGAUUAAAAAUUCCCUUGUUAGGCAGCAACUCCAAGAAGCGGAAAGGCAAGGCUGAUGUAAAAUACAUGGAUGGGGCAGAUGAAUCUGAACAAAUGCAGUCUAGUCCUCAGCAUCAAGUUGAUGAUCCAACAUCCUUGAAGAAACGUGGAAAACGGAAAAUGGAGGCUGAAAUAGAUUCUUUGGCUGUUGAAAAUUCCGAGCCACUUGUUUCAGAAAGAGGGGCUACAGAUGUAGAGGCAGCUGCAAGACCACCUCAGAAGCCAUUUACUUUGAUCACACCAACUGUUCAUACUGGCUUCUCUUUCUCAAUUAUACAUCUUCUUUCAGCAGUUCGCAUGGCAAUGAUUACUCCUAAUGCCGAAGAUAGCUCAGAUCUCGGCAACCAUCUUAGCUGGAGUGAUGGAAGGCAAAAAUCUAACAAUGAAGAGCAGAGGAGAAAGCCUGAAAGAACUAACGUGGAUAUGAAUAAUUCAGAACUUGUGGGUCAGAAGACUUUGCCCUCUCUCACUGUUCAAGAGAUUGUCAACCGUGUGAGAUCAAACCCUGGAGAUCCUUGUAUUCUUGAAACGCAGGAGCCACUGCAGGAUUUGAUCAGAGGAGUAUUGAAGAUAUUUUCAUCCAAAACAGCCCCUUUGGGAGCGAAGGGUUGGAAGCCGCUUGUCUGCUAUGAAAAAUCUACAAAAAGUUGGUCUUGGAUUGGACCACUUACUGAUAGCUCAUCAGAUCUUGAGGCUGUUGAAGAAGAAACCUCUUCUGAGGCUUGGAGUCUUCCUCACAAGAUGCUUGUGAAGUUGGUUGAUUCAUUUGCUAACUGGCUGAAAAGUGGUCAAGAAACUCUUCAGCAAAUAGGAAGCCUUCCUGCUCCCCCUGUGACAUUAAUGCAGCCGAACCUGGAUGAGAAGGAAAGGUUUAGGGACCUAAGAGCUCAGAAGAGUCUCACCACCAUCAGCCCAAGCUCUGAAGAAGUAAGGGCUUACUUUCGGAAGGAGGAACUUCUUAGGUACUCUGUUCCUGACAGGGCCUUUUCAUACACUGCUUCUGAUGGUAAAAAAUCCAUUGUUGCUCCUCUGAGAAGGUGUGGUGGUAAGCCAACUUCCAAAGCCCGAGACCAUUUUAUGCUUAAACCUGAUCGGCCACCUCAUGUUACGAUUCUCUGUCUUGUGAGGGAUGCAGCUGCUCGAUUGCCUGGAAGCAUUGGCACCCGAGCAGAUGUUUGUACACUGAUAAGAGAUUCACAGUACAUUGUGGAAAAUGUCUCUGAUGCACAAAUAAACCAAGUUGUUAGUGGAGCGCUGGAUCGUCUGCACUAUGAACGAGAUCCUUGUGUGCAAUUUGAUGGAGAUAGGAAGUUAUGGGUUUAUUUACAUAGGGAAAGAGAAGAAGAAGAUUUCGAAGAUGAUGGGACCUCAUCUACAAAGAAAUGGAAAAGACAAAGAAAAGAUGCUAUAGAGCAAUCAGACCCUGAGGCACUGAACAUGCCUUAUCAUGGGUCUAGGGAGCCAACUGCAGGUGGUCCAACUGCUGGAUAUGAUUUGGGCUCUGAUCUCAAUGUUGAGCCAUCGCCUACUCAUGAAGGGUUAAGAGAAGAGCUUGAAUACAACAAUUCCAAGAGAAAUGUGGAGGAUAAUGUUGAUUCCUAUGUUAGUUCUGCACAAGGUAGCUUGCAUCCGGGUUGGGAAGCUCAGGAAAACAAGGUGCUCUGUCAAGAAAAUUCCACAAAUGAAGAUUUUGAUGAUGAAACAUUUAGCAGAGAAAGACCAGUUGGGCUCUUGAGUGCAAGCUUAUUGUGAAGAUAGAAGAUACACUAGUGAAGUACCGGGUUUUGCUGGAUCAGUCCAGGUCUAGAAGCUAAGCAAAUUUACAUGGCAGAGUCAUCCCAUUCGAGGUGGAUGUGUGUACAUUGGAGGUGUGGCAUUUUACAUGUAUAUUCUUUUACUUCGAAAUUGUAAAUUAGCAAGUGCAAUUUGUUGAGGCCAAAAAUAUUUUCUACAGGUGGAAUUUACCUAGCCUUUU